AUGCCCUCGUACACCCCCACCUGCACUUCAGACUCCGACAGCGAUCGGAGAAUGGAGCUCGUCUAUUUCGGCAACGAGUUCCCCAGAGAAGACUUGCAAGAUGUCUUCCGCCGUUUACACAACUACAGCAAGGACAGACACUACCCCGUUCUGGCUCGAUUCAUCCAUGAAGCAACAUGGGCAAUCAAGGACGAAGUUCGCCGGCUACCAAAUGAGCUGAAACAACUAUUCCCGCCGUUUGAUACCGUUCUGGCUUGGGCUGAGAAUUCAGAGCUUCGAGAGGGGUUGAUCUGUGGCGCGGUAGACGGGGUAUUGCUCAUCGUGGUACAGCUAGCAACCUACAUUGGGUAUGUCGAGAACCAUCCUGAGGAGCUGAAGGACUUUGCGAACACAUCUCUUUGCGGCCUUGGCGUCGGACUUCUGGCAUCGACUGCGGUCUCAUUGUCAUCGAAUUUGGCCGAUUUGCCAUUGGCCGGCGCAGAUGCCGCUCGAAUAGCAUUUCGAAUGGGCAUCCAUGUCCAAGGAGUUUCUGAAAACCUAGAAGCCCGUGAGCUGUCAGAGAGCCCGGACACGUGGGCAUACGUGGUUCAUAAUGUCGACCCGGAUGCUGCACAAAAGGAGCUUGAUGCGAUCCAUUCACGGGACGAGGUACCAGAGACCGGAAAGAUUUUUGUCAGCGCCGUCAGUCGAAACUCUGUCACAGUCAGCGGACCACCAGCCCGAUUGAAAGGCCUCUUCAACAAAUCAGAGUUCUUCCGAACCUCAAAGUUCAUCGCACUCCCGGUAUACGGCGGCCUAUGCCAUGCCCCGCACAUCUACGGCCAGCAAGAUGUGAAGAGUAUCGUCCGGGGCGGCUCAUUGCACACUCAAGGCUCAAACUUCCGACCCGUUAUGCCACUCUAUUCCACAAGCACAGGAGUACCGUAUCAAGCUAAGAAUGCUGUUGAGUUACUUGAACUUGUAGUCUCCGAACUUCUCACAAAGGCGAUUUACUGGGAUCGGGUAAUUCACGGCUUGGUUGACAGGGCGCUGUGCGCAUUAGCCUCCGAGGUUGUGCUGUACUGCUUUGGGAACUCGAUUCCCCUAAACGACCUCAACUCAGCGCUUAAGAGUGGGAUACCACAGCUUCAAACCUCUAUCACCAGUCUUAUGCCAUGGCUUUCCCAAAUCGCCCCCAAUGACACUACACCCAGGAGCCCAACACAGGCCAAGCUUGCAAUCGUUGGAAUGUCAUGCAGGCUUCCGGGAGGUGCGACGAGCACCGAGAAGUUCUGGGAGCUUCUCGAGAAGGGUUUGGACGUAUCAAGGAGGAUUCCGGCGGACCGCUUCGACAUCGACACCCACUACGACCCAACUGGCAAGCAGCUCAACAAAACCAUGACACAAUAUGGCUGCUUUAUCGACGAACCGGGCUUAUUCGAUGCUCCAUUCUUUAAUAUGUCUCCCCGAGAGACAAGAGUCGUCGAUCCGCAGAUGCGUUUGGCACUUGUCACAGCGUACGAGGCCCUGGAGCGAGCCGGGUACGUGGGCAACCGGACCGCUGCUACACAACUGCAACGCAUUGGAACAUGGUACGGCCAAGCGGCUGAUGACUACCGUGAAGUGAACCAGGGCCAGGAGGUGAGCACAUACUACAUCCCAGGUGGCUGCCGAGCCUUUGGUCCUGGACGCAUCAAUUAUUUCUUCAAGUUCGCGGGACCCAGCUAUAGUAUUGAUACGGCUUGCUCCUCUGGACUUGCCGCUAUUGAGGUUGCUUGCCAGGCGCUCUGGAAUGGGGAAGUUGAUAUGGCGGUGGCAGGUGGCGUCAACAUCUUGACAAACCCAGACGGUUUUGCCGGUUUGUGCAAUGGUCAUUUCCUGACCAAAGGCCAUAAUGCGUGCAAGACCUGGGAUGCUACAGCUGACGGGUACUGCCGCGCCGAUGCCAUCGGAUCUGUAGUCAUCAAAAGACUCGAAGACGCCCAAGCGGACAACGACAAUAUUUUGGGUGUCAUCCUCGGAGCUGGAACUAAUCAUUCCGCGGAAGCAGUGUCCAUCACACACCCCCACGCCGGGCACCAAGCUUAUUUAGCUCGUCAGGUACUACGUCAAGCCGGCGUGGAUCCAUUAGAUGUGUCCUACGUGGAGCUCCAUGGCACUGGCACUCAGGCAGGUGACCAUGAGGAAAUGCAGGGCAUCAUGGAGGUGUAUGCACCACUUACCAAACGCAGAAGCAAGGAUCAACCUCUCCACAUCGGCGCUGUCAAGGCGAACGUCGGGCACAGCGAGUCUGCUGCGGGCACAACGGCAUUGAUUAAGGUUCUCCUCAUGCUUCAGAAGAACGCUAUUCCGCCACAUGUUGGCAUAAAAACGGAGAUCAACCCUAGGUUCCCAACCGACUUCGACAAGCGCAACCUGCACAUCCCAUUCGAGAUGACUCCGUGGCCGCAAGUAGCUGGCAGAAAACGCAUCGCCGCCAUCAAUAACUUCGGAGCGGCUGGCGGUAAUACCACCAUGCUCCUAGAAGAAGCACCCAAACGCGAGAUUACGGAAAGCGAUCCGCGCCAGACCCACGUCAUCGCAGUCUCAGCGAAGACGCAAGUGUCUUUAACAGGCAAUAUCGAGCGUCUGAUGAAAUAUUUGGAUUCUCACGCAGACACUAGCCUUGCUGACCUUUCCUACACUAGCACCGCGCGGCGCUACCAGCACAGUCACCGUAUUGCCAUUGCUACAACCAGUCUUGAUCAAUUAAAGAAGCAGCUGGCAUCCCGUUUGGAGAAGGUCAGUUCAAUCAAGCCUAUUGGUCAAUCGGGUCCACCGCCGCUGGCGUUCACCUUCACAGGCCAAGGCGCGUCGUACAAAUCAAUGAGCUUGGAACUGUAUCGCGAUGUACCCACGUUCCGCGAGCAUAUCCAACAUCUUGACUCUCUCGCCCAACGACAAGGCUUUCCUUCGUUCAUCCCGGCUCUAGAUGGAUCCCAUCCCAGGGACCACGCGCAUUCUCCGGUCGUUACCCAGCUUGCCCUUGUCUGCACCGAGAUUGCGUUGGCAAAAUACUGGGCAUCCCUUGGUGUCAAGCCAGACUUUGUUGUGGGUCACAGUCUCGGAGAGUAUGCAGCGAUGCAUGUUGCUGGCGUCACUACAGCGAACGACACCAUAUUUAUGGUGGGACGCCGAGCGCAGAUGCUGGAGAAGAAGUGCAAGAUCGGAAGUCAUACAAUGAUGGCCGUCCGCGCUUCGGUUGCGCAGAUAGCGGAGAGCUCAGGAGGCAAGCCGUACACUGUGGCUUGCAUUAACGGUCCGUCGGACACGGUGCUUAGUGGAACCAAACAACAGAUGGAUGACGUUGCCAUACCCCUUGAAGCCGCCGGUUAUCGAUGCAUCAAGUUGGAUGUCGCAUUUGCCUUUCACUCCGACCAGACCGAUCCGAUUCUGGAUGACUUUGAAAACAUCUCGAAGACAGGCGUUCUCUUCCAGGAACCAAAAUUGCCCGUCAUCUCCCCGCUACUGGGCAAAGUUGUUUUCGACGGAAAGACCUUCAGCGCAAAUUACGUUCGCAGAGCUACCAGAGAAGCGGUGGACUUCGUAUCCGCUCUGCAGAAUGCUCAGAAGAUUUCCACCAUUAGCGAUGACACCGUCUGGAUUGAGAUUGGCCCACAUCCGGUUUGCACGGGAUUCAUCAAAUCCACCAUACCUUCGACUCAGCUGGCAGUCCCCUCAAUGCGCCGUGGGGAUGACAACUGGAAGACAAUGGCUGAGAGCAUGGCAGCUCUUCACCUUGCCGGUGUCGCAGUGAACUGGAACGAAUUCCACCGGCCCUUUGAGAGCCGACUCCGCCUUCUUGAUCUCCCAACAUAUGCUUGGAAUGAGAAGAAUUACUGGCUCCAAUACAACGGUGACUGGUGCCUGACUAAGGGCAAUACCUUCUAUGAUGCCGAAAAACAGGCGGCAAAGGGCCAGCCAGUACCUGCUGCACCAGUAAAGAGUGAGAUCCAGACAUCGACAGUGCAGCAAAUAAUACAGGCGACGUUCGAAGGAUCCGCCGGUACGGUUGUCAUGCAAUCUGAUCUCAUGCAAGCGGACUUCCUUGCUGCCGCGAACGGCCAUCGUAUGAACAACUGUGGUGUUGUCACAUCAUCAAUUCAUGCGGACAUCGCAUACACCCUCGGCGGCUACCUAUACCGCAAAUUCUACCCCAAGGCCAAGGACGUCAAUAUGAACGUUGCAAACCUGGUCGUGACUAAGGGGCUCGUCGCUCAAUCGAGCAAUAAGACGCCUCAGUUGAUCCGAGUGACCGCAGCGACCGACGACAUAAACUCACGCACGGUGGAUUUGACGUGGCAGAAUGUCGACACUGACGGCAACGUGCAUGAGCCAUUCGCCACCGCAAAGCUUCUCUACGGUGAUGCGUCUGAAUGGCUCUCAUCAUGGGCACCUAUUGCUCACCUCGUCCACAGCCGAGUGGAGGCCCUCGAGCGCCUCGCGUCAGAAGGAAAGGCGAAUCGCUUCUCGCGAAACAUGGCCUAUACGCUUUUCGCCAGCAACCUGGUGGACUACGCCGACAAGUACCGCGGUAUGCAAUCCGUCGUCAUGUAUGAGUUGGAAGGGUUCGCGGAUGUUCAGCUCACCACGAAGGAGAGUGGUGUUUGGACCGUCCCUCCCUAUUUCAUCGACAGUGUGGCCCAUUUGGCUGGCUUCAUCAUGAAUUGCUCCGAUGCCAUGGACACUCAGAACAAUUACUGCGUAACACCUGGAUGGAACUCGAUGCGCUUCGCGAAGCCUCUUACCCCAGGAGCCAAAUAUCGCUCGUACGUCAAGAUGAUUCCAACAGUCGAGGACCCCACCAUUUACUUUGGCGACGUCUACAUCAUGCAAGACGAGGUUAUUGUGGGUAUGGUUGGAGGAAUUCAAUUCCGCCGCUAUCCGCGUCUGUUGCUCAGCCGUUUCUUCUCUCCCCCGGAUAAGAUGGCCGCGAUGGAGGCAAAACCAAAAGCCGCCGAAUCCCAUGACUCGACGCCGAGGCCAGCCCUUUCCCGUCACGAUUCUGCAACUGGAAGUGAUCACGGCAAGCCCGUGACGAGCGACCUUCCAAACGUAGGAUCGACUCAGUCCAAGGACGUUCAAGCGCCUGCGGCGAAAGAGUCAGCACCGCCCGUCGAGUCCACACCAGCCAGUAAUAGCGUUGCUGCUAAAGCGCUCAUGCUCAUCGCUAAUGAGGCAGCCCUGGAGAUGUCCGACCUUGAAGAUGACGCCAGUUUCGCGAAUCUGGGUGUCGAUAGUCUGAUGUCGUUGGUUAUUGCCGAGAAGCUCAGGAUUGAGCUGAACGUCAAGGUCGGUGGCAGUCUCUUCUUAGACUAUCCGACGAUUGGCGACUUGCGAAAGUGGCUGGAGGAAUACUAUAAUUAG